AUGGGGAAUCAAAAUAGGAACGGUCCUUAUUCUAAUUCCUACAACCCAUCAUGGAGGCAACAUCCCAACUUUUCAUGGAGUAAUCAAGGGGCUGGUCCUAGCAGCUCAUCUAUGCAUCCUAUACCUUCUUAUCCACCGGGGUAUCCUCCACAAGCUCCACAACAAAGACCCCAACACAUAGUACAAUCUAAUUCUUUGGAAGGCAUGUUAAAAGAUUACAUGAUGAAGACAGAUGCACUCAUUCAAAGCCAAGCCGCAUCUAUGAGGAAUUUGGAGAAUCAAGUUGGGCAACUUGCCAAUGAGCUUAAAAAUAGACCUCAAGGUGCUUUACCGAGUUAUACCGAGAACCCAAGAGAUGUUGGCAAGGAACAAUGCAAGGCCAUUACUUUGAGAAGUGACAAGGAGUUAGAGAGUUCCAAGAAAAAUUAUGGGCAUGAGAAUGAGCCCUCUUCAAUCCAAAAUCACAGGAAAGCAAGCAAAGAUGAAGAAAGAUCUGAUAUGCUGGAAUCUGCCUCUGCCCAGGAUGUGGCCGCAUCUAGAACACCGCAAAAGUCCCCAGAAAUUCAAAACCUUCCUCAACAGCUACCUUUUCCACAAAGGUUUCAAAAACAGAAGAAAGAUGGACAAUUUAAAAAAUUCCUUGAUAUGUUGAGGCAGCUACAUAUUAACAUUCCGCUUGUUGAAGCCCUAGAGCAAAUGCCUAACUAUGUGAAGUUCAUGAAAGACAUCCUUACAAAGAAGAGAAGAUUGGGGGAAUUUGAGACAGUGGCUCUUACCAAGGAAUGUAGCUCAUUCUUGCAAAACAAGCUGCCCCCGAAGAUGAAAGAUCCUGGGAGUUUCACCUUUCCAUGCACCAUUGGUAAUUCUUAUUGUGGCAUGAAAUUGGGGAUUGGCGAAGUCCGGCCUACCACGGUGACUCUACAGCUUGCAGAUAGAUCUCUUGCUUAUCCAGAUGGGAAGAUUGAGGAUGUUUUGGUAAAAGUUGAUAAAUUCAUUUUCCCCGCUGACUUUAUUGUUCUAGACUAUGAAGCAGAUAUAGAGGUGCCUAUUAUUUUGGGGAGGCCAUUCCUUGCUACAGGUAGAACCUUGAUAGAUGUGGAAAAGGGGGAGCUCACAAUGAGAGCUCAAGAAGAACCAAUAACUUUCAAGGUAUUCAAUCCUAUACGUUCUCCAGAUGAAGUAGGAGAUUGUUUUUCCAUUACUGUCAAAAACUCUAAUAUGGAGGAAGAGGUACCCAUAAGGUAUAGCAAGAAAGUGAGGACGAUGCCAUCUCCUAAAGAAUUUGAGAGCAACAAUGAGAUACGGGCAAGUAUAAAUAAGGCACCAUCUCAUUUGCAAGAGCCACAUAGGAAGAAGAAAAAGAAAAAGAAGUGUGGUAGGAAAGCUCAUUCCCAAAGGUUCGAAGUAGGCCAGCGGGUGUGUUUCUCUAAUUCUCAAAUGAAAGAAAAUUCCAGACAUAUAACAUCAAGUUUCUCUGAUUCAUUCUUGAUAAUUAAAGUCUUUCCUUGUGGUGCAUUAGACUUGCGUGAUGAAAUUUCAGGAAGAAAGUUGAAGUGUUUCUGUGUUUCAGGUGUAAGUUCAUCAAAGGAAAGACGAGAAGCAUUGGAAUUGAAGUUUGGGGAAUGCUGGACUGAUUUGGAAAAAUUAUGGUUUAGCAACAGGAAAUUUUUCUGCAAUCUCCCAGUUGCAGUCAAAUAA